CCACCAGCUUUCUUCACAGUAAUUUACAUUGAUGGCUCAUUCUCGCCCUCAUCCAGCAUCCACAGUUGCAAUAAUCACUGUGGCUUUCAUCUUUUUCUUCACAUUUCUACCUCACAAGUCAGGUGGUGGAUCAGCAACAGUGUUGGGUUUGGAGGAAAGCAAGAAGGUGAUAGGGUCGAGACCUCCAGCUUGUGUGAACAAGUGCAAGAAGUGUAGGCCAUGCAUGGCCACUUUGGUGGUUCCUCAUCAUCAGACAAAUAAGGGUUUCAGUUUGCGAGGGGUGCCGCCUGGGGACGAUGACCCUUAUUACCUGCUCUCAUGGAAAUGCAUGUGUGGGAAUAAGCUCUUUCAACCAUGAAAACUACUACUUCAACUUCGACGUUACGUUAAUUAACGGAGCUUCUAUAUCUAUG